AUGUCACUUCAUCGUUCUUCUAAUGGACCUCCACCAGCGAAACCACUUGUUGCAUUGCUUGAUGGUCGUGACUGCACUAUUGAAAUGCCCUUGUUAAAAGAUGUGGCCACAGUUGCUUUCUGCGAUGCUUCAUCCACCAGUGAAAUUCAUGGUAAAGUCCUUGAAGAAGCUGUUGGGGCUUUAAUGUGGCAUACCAUUUCUUUAACGCGCGAGGACCUUCAGAAAUUCAAAUCACUAAAGAUUAUCGUGAGGAUAGGCAGCGGUUAUGACAACAUUGACAUAAAAGCCGCUGGGGAACUUGGAAUUGCUGUUUGUAAUGUUCCUGGAUUUGGUGUUGAGGAGUCUGCAGAUACGACACUUUGCCACAUUCUGACCUUAUACCGACGUACUUAUUGGUUAGCAAACAGCCUGCAAAUGGGCAAACGGAUUAAUGGACCUGAGCAUUUAAAGGAAGUUGCAAACGGGUCUGCUCGUAUACGACGUGAUACUCUUGGGAUAGUUGGUUUAGGUCGAGUUGGAACAGCUGUUGCAUUACGAGCCCAAGCUUUUGGAUUUCAUGUAACAUUUUACGAUCCUUAUCUUCCAGAUGGGAUCGAACGAUCAUUGGGUAUCGAACGUGUUUACAGUCUUCAAGAUCUACUAUUUCAAAGUGAUUGUGUCACUUUGCAUUGCUCACUUAAUGAGCAAAAUCGCCAUAUGAUCAAUGAGCAUACAAUAAAGUUAAUGAGACCGGUGGAGCGAUUGCCUAAACCUUGUUCCUUUUUUAGGUGCAUUUUAAUCAAUACUGCUCGAGGUGGUUUAAUUGAUGAAGUAGCCCUUGCUGCUGCACUUAAGGAAGGUCGAAUACGUGCUGCAGCAUUGGAUGUAACAGAGACAGAACCAUUUGUUUGGAGUAAUAGUGCUUUAAAAGAUGCUCCAAAUCUUAUUGUAACACCUCAUAUGGCAUUUUACAGUGAAUCAAGUAUGCGUGAAAUGCGCGAGGCAGCUGCAAAUGAAAUCCGAAGAGCUAUUUUAAAUCGCAUACCAGACUGUCUUCGAAACUGCGUCAACAAAGAAUUUAUGCCCAAUGGUGGUUCGUCAUUAUUUUCUCACGGUUGUUCCAACAACAGUCUAUCCAAUAAUAUCAGUAAUAAUCCCCUGGUUAAUAACAAUCAUCUGUCUCUUGGAGCAGGUAUACCUGGUGUUAAUGCCCUUAAUAGUAGUGUAGCUUCAGGAUUAGAAAACGCCGCACGUGGUUUGCAUCCAGCAGCUGCAGCUGCCGCGUUCGGUCUCUCAGCAGGUCUUUUCUCUUCUGCCGCGGGUGGAGGUUGUGGUCUUGGGGUAGGUGCUAACAGUCUCCCCUUCCCUGCUAACCUAAUUGGUGGCUCAGGGAUAGGUCUGUCAAAUGCCGGUGGUGGAGGUAUUCUCACCAACAGUGGUGGUCCAACAACAAUCCCAGCCCUCCCUCCCCCUCCUGCCGUUGCCGCGGCCGCCGCAGCUCAUCUAGCUGGCCUUCCUCCUGUCUCAGCGUACGCCAACUUCUUUCCUCCCGGAUUAGCCGCUGGUUUAGGCCUUCCUCUCCCUCCUCCUCACGCUGCAUCUUUGGCUGGCGUAACCGGAUCCUUAGGAGGUACAACGACUGGGUCUUCAACGAGUGCAACCUCAGGCAAUUGUACUAAUAAUUCUACUUCGGGCUCAGGAGGCCAGACAGUCAGUUCCCCCUCACCUGCAACCAGCGGUUGUAUCCCUGGUGUAUCCAGCAGUACUUUCGAUAGCGUACAUGCCAGGCUUGCUGCCGCCGCCAGUCUUGUUGCUUCGGGUCUCAAUCCGAGAUCUUCAUGA